ACAAAGACAGCGACCAUGAAUGGCAACAGUGCCCCCAGCAAUGAACAGCAGCAGCAGCAGCAGCAGCAGCAGGCAGCUGGUCCAGCACCAGCAGCAGCAACAUCGGGACCUGAGGCAGCAGGGGCAGGUGUUGGCAACUCGCCGCGUCCUGCCACAGCGCCGGCACGCACCACCGAUUCGAGCAACAACAAUAAUAACAACAACAAUAACAACACCACCAGCAGCAGCAGCAUCAGCUAUAGGGUGAAUCUGAGCAACAUAAACAACAACAGCAGCAGCAGCAACACGAGCAACACCAGCAACACCAACAGCAAUCGGCAGGCAAGCAACAACAAUCACAAUGAGAGCAGCACGGGGCUGGUGGUCAACACUGGUGGCACAACAGCAACAGCAACAGCAACACCUGCUGCAACUGCAACUGCCACGAGCAGCAGCAGCAACAACAACAAUCACAUCUAUGUGAAUCCGCACAGCUACGACAGCAGCACCACUGGCAGCGUAAGUGGCUCCACGGCGGUGAUGCUGCCACUGCCACUGAGCAAUCCGUUGACGCUGCAACUGCCACCAGCAGGAGGAGGAGCAGCAGGAGGAGCAGCAGACACCCAUUUGCAGCAGCAGCAGCAGCAGCAGCAGCAGCAGCAGCUCAACACGGGUGCCAUCAGUCGAACGGGCACCUCCACGUCGACAACGCUGAGCACUUUGAACACAUAUCUGUUCCCCUGUGGCGCCUCGGACUCGGCGGGCACACUGGGCGGUGGCAGCUGUGAUCUGGACAGCAAUUUCAGCCAGAUGGUCAAUGGAGCGGGCAGCAGCGAGGCGGGCAGCAGUCUCAGCCAGAGCACAGCGCCCGUCGGCCUGGGCAUGGGCAUGGGCUUGGGCGUGCAGCUGGGCCUGGGCUUCAUCAGCGGCAGGCGGCGCAUACGGCGGCUGUUUGGUGUGCCCGAACCCACCAGUCUGGGCACAAACGGCGCCAAUCCCUAUGCGGCGGCCACGCUGCGGCGACGCAGCUCACAGCUGGGGCAGUUCGGUAGCAAGCGGCGGGAGCGUGAGCGGGAGCGAGAGCUGGAGGAGAUUGAGCAGCAGCAGCGCAUUGCCACGGUGGCCUCUGCCAAUGCGGCAUUCCUCGAGCGACGUGAGAUGCAGCUCCAGCAGCAGCAUCAGCAUCAGCAACAGCAACAGCAACAAUUUCUGCCACAGCAGCAGCAGCAGCAGCAGCAGCAGCAGCAGCAACAAAUUCAGUUCAUGUUCCAUCCGUUGCAGCCGGAGCCACAAAAGAAGAAAAAGAAAAAGCCACCGGGUCCGCCGGCCCAGGCCCGGCAGCAGUCAUCGCGCACCAUGGACGACCCAAUGAUGAAUCGGCCGCGCAAGAGCACGCCCGCCAAGAAGGCCAAAAAGGCCGCACCGGAGAAUCCCUAUGAGAAGUCUUUGCCCAAAUUGAGCAGUCAAGACGAAGAAGGGGGGGCUGGUCAUGGCUUUGGUGGCGGACCGCAACACUUUGAACCCAUUCCUCACGAUCAUGAUUUCUGCGAAAGAGUCGUUAUAAAUGUAAGCGGGCUGAGGUUUGAGACACAACUACGUACGCUUAAUCAAUUCCCGGACACGCUGCUCGGGGAUCCGGCUCGGAGAUUACGGUACUUUGACCCGCUUAGAAAUGAAUAUUUUUUUGACCGUAGUCGACCGAGCUUCGAUGCGAUUUUAUACUAUUAUCAGAGUGGUGGCCGACUACGGAGACCGGUCAAUGUCCCUUUAGACGUAUUUAGUGAAGAAAUAAAAUUUUAUGAAUUAGGUGAUCAAGCAAUUAAUAAAUUCAGAGAGGAUGAAGGCUUUAUUAAAGAGGAAGAAAGACCAUUACCGGAUAAUGAGAAACAAAGAAGAGUCUGGCUGCUCUUCGAGUAUCCAGAGAGUUCACAAGCCGCCAGAGUUGUAGCCAUAAUUAGUGUAUUUGUUAUAUUGCUAUCAAUUGUUAUAUUUUGUCUAGAAACAUUACCCGAAUUUAAGCAUUACAAGGUGUUCAAUACAACAACAAAUGGCACAAAAAUCGAGGAAGACGAGGUGCCUGACAUCACAGAUCCUUUCUUCCUUAUAGAAACGUUAUGUAUUAUUUGGUUUACAUUUGAACUAACUGUCAGGUUCCUCGCAUGUCCGAACAAAUUAAAUUUCUGCAGGGAUGUCAUGAAUGUUAUCGACAUAAUCGCCAUCAUUCCGUACUUUAUAACACUAGCGACUGUCGUUGCCGAAGAGGAGGAUACGUUAAAUCUUCCAAAAGCGCCAGUCAGUCCACAGGACAAGUCAUCGAAUCAGGCUAUGUCCUUGGCAAUAUUACGAGUGAUACGAUUAGUUCGAGUAUUUCGAAUAUUUAAGUUAUCUAGGCAUUCGAAGGGUUUACAAAUAUUAGGACGAACUCUGAAAGCCUCAAUGCGGGAAUUAGGUUUACUUAUAUUUUUCUUAUUUAUAGGCGUCGUACUCUUCUCAUCGGCGGUUUAUUUUGCGGAAGCUGGAAGCGAAAAUUCCUUCUUCAAGUCCAUACCCGAUGCAUUUUGGUGGGCGGUCGUCACCAUGACCACCGUUGGAUAUGGUGACAUGACGCCCGUCGGCUUCUGGGGCAAAAUUGUCGGCUCUUUGUGCGUGAUCGCUGGUGUGCUGACAAUCGCACUGCCGGUACCGGUUAUCGUCAGUAAUUUCAAUUACUUCUAUCACCGCGAAACGGAUCAGGAGGAGAUGCAGAGCCAAAAUUUCAACCACGUUACAAGUUGUUCAUAUUUACCUGGUGCACUAGGUCAACAUUUGAAGAAAUCCUCACUCUCCGAAUCGUCAUCGGACAUCAUGGACUUGGAUGAUGGCAUUGAUGCAACCACGCCAGGUCUGACUGAUCAUACGGGACGCCACAUGGUGCCCUUUCUGAGGACGCAGCAAUCCUUCGAGAAACAGCAGCUCCAGCUGCAGCUCCAGCUCCAGCAGCAGCAGCAGGCGCAGCAAGGACAGCAAGGACAGCAGCAGCAGCAGAUGGGCCAAAACGGCCUCAGGAGCACAAAUAGUUUACAGUUAAGGCAUAAUAACGCGAUGGCUGUCAGUAUUGAGACCGACGUCUGACUACUAGUCAAACAAAUGGAAAAUGGACGAAGUUUGCGCAGUGAAAUGCUACGUUGGAUGCCAGAAACGUCAUCAAAAGCAGUCUAAUUUAGAAUUUUAUUAAUAACUACAAUUAAAAUAAUAAUAAUACUAAUAAAUAAUAAUAAUAAUAAUUAGUAAGCAGCGUAGUUGUAAAUUAAACAGCAAAUGUAAAACACACAGCCACAUACUACAGACACACACACACACACACACACACAGUAAAGAUACACACACACACAAACAUACACUCAGUGCCAGUUCACUCAGCUUGAAUUAGAGUAUUCGUAUUCGUAGACACCAUAGAGUCAAACUUGGACUGGCUUUAAAGAAGAAUUAUUGUCCUUGUUUUUUCCUUUUUUAUUCUCUUCACACACAGACACACACACACACACACAACACACACUCGAAGAAAAUAAUGAAAAACUCUACUUGAUACCUAUGUUCAAAUUUAGCAACUAAAACUAACAAUCGUUAUACUUAGUCAACAACAAAACAACAAGAACAAGAACAACAACAAAACAGAUAAAAACACUUAAAAAAAAAAAAACAAAAUCCAAAAAAAACUAAAAAACUAAAUCGAAUUAUCUUAGUAGACUAAUCUAAUUGGAGUUUCUUCCUUUCUUUAGAAGCUAGCAAAACAAAACCAAACCAAACGAAAACAUCCAGACAAAAACAACAAACAAACAAAGCAAACAACAAGAAACAAACAUACAAUAUCUACUAAUUUUAUUUUCAACUUUAAAUUAUGCUCUAUUAAUUAAAUAUUAGUCAAAUAUUAGUCAAAUGAAACUAAACUAAAAACUAAAAAAAAAAACAGAAACAAAACCAAAUACCAAAUACCAAACCUAAGGCAAAAAGCGAUACAAAAACGUGGAGUGGAAGAAGCGGAAGCGAUUGCGGCAAUGAACAGCGGCUUGUCGCUGUUAAAGCAGUGCUCAUAUCCUAACCUGCUCUCCAACUUGCAGUACCCAAGCAGUUGAGCCAUCGCACAGCUGCACUGCUUGGCAGCAGUUCUAACACUGCCGGGCGGAAGGGCAAAUAAUACUCGUAUAGCCAGGGGAUAUAGAAAAUUGCCUUCUGAGUCGAGCUUGUUCGUUUGUUCGAAGCUCACAUCUAUAAACUUUCCACCCUUGUCCGAUCACUGAUCACUGACUUACAUUGAUUCGCUGUAGUAAAUCCUUAAAACUACACGGACGAAUGGCAUUCGCCGCUGCGUACUUGGAAAAUCAUCGAAUCUUAACAAAGAAAGUUACUUUUAGAUUGGCCUCCGUUGCUAGAUAAAUACUAUUCAGAUUGGAAAACGAUCAAAACCAUGGGAUACCAACUAUAAUUUUACUGCCUCGCGACACAGCAAAUCAGCUGUUGUACUUGCCCUCAUCGACUAGUUGCCAGUGUCAAAUCUACAUAAGCGGAAGUAUCAGCCAUGUUCAUUCGGGAAGGUCGUAAGGUCAAUCCCUCUUAGGUGGUUAAGGUUAAGGUGCUGCUUAAGUCCUGCAUUCACUGAAAAAGAGACAA